AUGGCAAGAUUGUGGGUUCUGGCCGUUGCUUUUCUCGCAAUUGUAUUUUUGUGUGAAGGGGGUGAGCUGAGGUAUAAUUUCUAUAGCAAAAGUUGUCCAUCUGCAGAGGAAACAGUUCAGAAGGUGGUGAAGAAAUACAUAGAUAAAAAUCGCACCCUUGCUGCUCCACUCUUACGAAUGCAUUUCCAUGAUUGUUUUGUCCGAGGUUGCGAUGCGUCAGUGCUGCUGAAUUCCACAGCGAACAACACAGCAGAGAAAGCAGCGAUUCCAAACCUGAGCCUGCGCGGAUUUGAAGUAUAUGAUGAUGUGAAAGCACAAAUUGAGGCCAAAUGUCCGGGCAUCGUUUCCUGUGCUGACAUUAUUGCCCUGGUUGCACGAGACGCUGUUGUUGCUCGGAGUGGAGGUCCAUCUUGGCUUGUGAAAACAGGGCGUAGGGAUGGAGUGAUAUCUCUACGGAGUGAGGCCUUGACCAACAUUCCCUCACCAUUUGCAAACUUCUCUCAACUCAAGAUCUCUUUCGAAAGCAGAGGACUAGAUGUUAAAGACCUUGUUGUUCUCUCUGGUGCACAUACAAUUGGAAUCAGUUUUUGUCCUCCAUUUAGCAAUAGAUUGUACAACUUCACAGGAAAAGGAGACAUGGAUCCUUCCCUAGACCCCUCGUAUGCUCAAUUUUUGAAGACCAAAUGUACCAGUCUAUUGGACAGAACAACUACUGUAGCAAUGGAUCCCAAUAGCUCCCUCACUUUUGAUAGCCAUUACUUUACUAAUCUUAAGGAAAAGAAGGGCCUCUUCCAAUCUGAUGUCGCACUACUAACAAAUUCCAUUGCCAAAACAUUUGUUGAUGAGCAGGUGGACACAGAGAGUUUCUUUGAAAACUUCAAGAAUUCCAUGCAACGGAUGUCUGAAGUCCAAGUGCUCACUGGAAUGGAAGGCCAAAUCAGACGUCAGUGUGCCUUUGUUAAUUAAGAUCAUAUGAAUUGUAAUAGCUUCUCUGUUAGUUUUUCUUGGGGCAAUGUUAUUAGUGAAAAAU